AUGGUGUCCUCCGGCGAGUCCGGCGAGGAGGAGAGGCCUGACUCGGAGGCGACCCGGGAGGGGUCGGGGAAGACUUCCCCUUUUUGCGCGGCGGAUACCCUACGCACCUUCCCUGACGAUGACGAGGCCGGCGGGCAUCCGGUGAGGGAGGCGCCGAACCCCGUGGGGGUCACGACAAGGUCCGGGGGCACUCCUCCGAAGAAGCCGCCGACCGGGAUCCCGAAGAAGAGCAGAUCGGCACUGAUCUCCCGAGGCGAUGCUUCUGCUCCACCGUCAGCUGGCGCUGCCGCGGGUCCGGCCGCUGUGCCCCUGCCUGCCCCUGGGACUCGCGUGCCAGCGCCCCAGCCCCCGAAGUCCCCGGGCUUGGUGCUUCAGAAAAGGCCGAGGGAGUAUGCCGCCGUAGACCAGUAA